UUCUGCCAAUCGCUUGAGGACAGAGUGGGAAAAGGAACAAGCAGAGUUAGAGGCAGGACAAAAUAAGUUAUAUAGACCGCUUAUAUACAUAUAUUUUAAUGUUUUAGAAAAUCGCGGUGGCGGGGGGAGAAACAAUAGUGGUGAGAGUGGAUGGACUUGACAGUGUAGUUAGUAAUGGAGUCCCCUUUGAGCAAGAGGAAUCCAGCGAUAAGAUUAGCGGAUUUGGCAGCGACUCAACCUCUUCCUCAUCAGAAUAUGACAGGCUUCCCGGGGCUAGGGGGGCAUCACCCUCACUCCCACCAUGCUCACCACCACCCUGGAGAGAUGGGCAACGACCCCGGAGUGGCACUCACUCCAUUUGGACCCGAGCACAUGGCACAGACAAAUGCUCUCAAACUUAGCCCCUCUCAGCAUAUUCAGAGCUAUCCUGAAGCCCAGACCGUCGCAGUGGCAGCAGCAUCCUUCACUUCUACUCAGACCACAGUUGGUUACCCCGUGGCUCCUCACCCAGGCUACUCUAACAGCAGGGACUACAUCCUCAGGAGAGAACUCUCAGCUUCGGCUAUGCAUGCACUUGGCGACCAGCAUAGUUCAGCCUCCUCCCCUCAUCACCAUGGCAUGUUCAUCUCCCCAACAGGUGCUUAUGGGCAUGCCGAGACUUGUGCCCUUCCACUUUUCUCUGGACUCCACGAACAGGCAGCACCAGGUGCCCACCACCACCAUCACCAUGCCCUCAACGGGCAGAUGCGUUUGGGUCUACCGGGGGACAUCUACGGCAGGCCAGAGCACUUCGUCCACAGGCCCGAGCAUUAUGGACCUUCUUCCCUCCACAGCUACAACUCCAUGAACCUCAAUGUGAACAUCGCUUCUGCUCCUCACGGAGCCGCGGGGGCGUUUUUGAGAUACAUGAGGCAGCCCAUCAAGCAAGAGUUAAUCUGCAAAUGGAUUGAUCAAGAGCAAACUUCAAAGAAGCCCUGCUCCAAAACUUACAGCACCAUGCAUGAGUUGGUCAACCAUGUCACCGUGGAGCACGUCGGGGGACCGGAGCAGAGCAGUCACGUCUGCUUCUGGGAGGAAUGUCCACGCGAGGGGAAAGCUUUUAAGGCGAAGUACAAACUAAUAAACCACAUCCGAGUUCACACGGGAGAGAAACCCUUCCCUUGUCCUUUCCCCGGCUGUGGAAAAGUGUUCGCUCGCUCUGAGAAUCUAAAGAUUCAUAAAAGGACACACACAGGAGAAAAGCCUUUCAAGUGCGAGUUUGACGGCUGCGACAGGAAAUUCGCCAACAGCAGUGACCGGAAGAAGCACUCCCACGUCCACACGAGUGACAAGCCUUACUACUGCAAAGUCCGAGGCUGUGACAAGUCCUACACGCACCCCAGCUCGCUGCGAAAGCACAUGAAAGUCCAUUGCAAGUCGCCCCCGCCCCCUUCCGCCAACGCUUCGUACCAUUCCUCUACAAACCUUCUCAGCGCGCCCCUUUCUCCUGCCUCCGAACCGCACAGGAACCGGUCAGCAAAUCUCUCGCCUCAGGUUACCAACCUUAAUGAGUGGUACGUGUGCCAGGGGAGCGGGGGACCCAACCAUCUCCACACCCCAUCCAGCAAUGUGCCAACGACGGACUCGGAAGAGGAGGACACUUUCAGAAAUUCAGACCCACGGACAAUGCUCUAAUGUUUACAAACAGAAGAAGAAAAAUAAUUGCCCAAAUUGUCUCUCAAAUGUGUAUAUGUGUAGUAGCCUAACGCUUCGAACACACCGACAGUGUUUUUGCGCAAAAUAAGACGCAGCAUAAUCUGGAUAUGUAUGCAACAACAGUUCAACAUUCACCUUCUGCUACCAUUACUGUCAAGCUGUAAACACAUACAGUUUGACCCAUACGUUCGAUAAAUCAACGUAUGCACCAAACCGAACGCACUGCAACUGCCUCUGCAACGCAAUGCUGCAUGGCAAACAGUUUCAUUGGAAAUGAAUGUAAUUCUGUUGUACCAAAAUGCAACGACACUGUCAGUGUGAUCGAAGCGUAAGACCUAAUAAGUGCAUGAGGACUGUACUGGCUGUAAGCAUAUCAAUUGGACUUUAUAUGAAGCAAGAAAUAGCGCCGCGGAUGUCAGAUGAUGAAUAACAACAACUGCCUUUAAAACGUGCCCUCUUUGUUUCCUUUCUAAAGAGCUGAAUGUAUCGACAUAUCAACAAGUCUCAACAUAGAAAAGCUACAAUCACCAGUAUUAUUUGAGAAAAGGAAAUCAUAUAUAUUAAAAGGACCAAGAGAAGCCUAAAUAUAGGCUACUGGAAACAUAAAUACAAUGUAAUUCGUAAGGAUAAAAGCCUUUGGAAAAACACCUACAUAGCCUACAUAUGCGGGCUACAUUUACAUGCAUGCAUCUUUUAACAUGAUUAAGUCAUAAGUUCUUAAUUAUGCUUACAUUGACAUUGUCCAUAUGAUCGCAACCCCUCGAAAUGUAACAUGUCUUAUUCAUCAAUGUCUAAUCUCAGACAGAAGGGAGAAAACAGACGUUGUUGCUCACGCAAAGUACAUGAGCCUUGAACACUAAACAUCCCAAAAUGGUGGAGUUGCAUUUCAUUUUUCUUCUGAAUACCUCACAGUAGAUGCGAGAACUAAUGUAAACAUCCGAUUGAAUUUCGAACACCUGCAGAGAGCGAGAGACAUGUCGCACACACAUGACCCAAUUAAGUCAUAAAUAGGAAUCAAAAUAAUAAUGGCUAACAGCUAAGUGUCUUAAAGGGUUCAUAUGUAGUUUUGAUAUUAAUACAAUGACUAAGUUAGGAUAUAUAUUUUUUGUCCUAGGCUAUUUAAGAAGUAUUUAAGACUAUAUUUGAUGCAAAAAAAUUACACCAGUGUUUUUCAAUCGUUAAAGAGUAGCCUACGAAUAAGUCCUUCGAGACCAUAAAUAUGUACACUGACAGAUUUUGUCCCUAACGGUCGGAUUUGUAUAUAAUUGUAUUAUUGCUCGUGAUUGUUGUUCUUAGUCUUAAUUACGAAGAAUGUUGUUUUGUACAUUGUAAUUUAUUUGCUGGUAUUAAUGUUGUAAUGGAUUUACAGAGACACCAAAGAAUAAUAAUAUACAUUUUGGUGAAUAAGUAGUAGCUUACUGAUUGAUGCUUUUGAUCUUGUUCUGUAAAAGAAAAAGUAUUAUUCUUUACUUGAAUAUAGGCAGUGUAAAGUAUUAUUCUUUACUUGAAUAUAGGCAGUGUAAAGUAUUAUUCUUUACUUGAAUAUAGGCAGUGUAAAGUAUUAUUCUUUACUUGAAUAUAGGCAGUGUAAAGUAUUAUUCUUUACUUGAAUAUAGGCAGUGUAAUGUGAAACGUCCCUCCUCUCGCAUGCCCUUUGCAGUGACUGUGUUUUUCUCUAUGAGGUGCGUGGUGCCGUUGGUUAUGUUGGAUAAAAAGUGAUGAAACAGCUAUGAUUGUGCAGACCCUUGAUGUUCGUGAUCCAAUUGACAGUAUAAAUUCAAGCUAGAGCUGAAUAAACACACAAGGCCGAGUUAAUAGGUGUUUUUUGGUUUACAUAACUUUAUUGUUUCUUCGUUGAAUUCAGGAGGCCUGCCAGUGCCGGAUGCCAUUCCUUAAAACAAAAAGAUAUAUAAUGUACUUGUUUACAUGCAGUAAAUGCAACUACUGGUAAAAUCAGUUGUUUUAUUUUUUUAUUUAACCUUUAUUUAACUAGGCAAUUCAGUUAAGAACACAUUUGUUAUUUACAAUGUCGGCUUAGGAACAGUGGGUUAACUGCCUUGUUCAGGGGCAGAACGACAUAUUUUUACCUUGUCAGCCCGGGGAUUCGAUUUUCGGUUACUAGUCCAACGCUCUAACCACUAGGCUACCUGCCGCACCUUGUAAAGCUGUUAUCACAUUAGUAUAGCCUACAGAAGAUCGAAGUAACUUAGGCUCCAAACACAUUGCAAAAGAAAAAUAAACAAUUACUGACGGUUAAAGUUUUCACUAUUGAGUGGUAAAUACAACAGGCCCAAGAAGGGGCUGGCAUAAAUAAACCAAUCAGAAGGGCAAAUGGGGAAACGUAUAUCCCCUUAAUGGGUCUCUAAAAAGUGGGACAGCACAAGCAACCGAGGCAUGAAUCAUUCAUGGUAAAAAAGACAAUAGAAAAGAUCUGACAAUACGCAAGUAUAUAAAGUAAGUCCCCGUCUUAUUUCCUCCAUUAAAAGGCACAAUCUCACUUUAAACGUCGCCCCUGUCCAAUGUAUAGAAUUCAAAUUGACCAAAGCGAGUUCUGCACCACUUCAAAGGCCUGAUAUACUUCUGAGCCGAAGGCCCGCCGCUUUGACACUCUUCAUGGUGUGUUAGGAAUUCUAUGACAAUUGGGGAGCGAGCCGCUCACAUUUGAAUAUGUCUGGUAAAAAAAACACUAACUGCCACUAAAUGGACGAUCAUCAAAGAGCACAGUGCACCUUCUCCCCCAAAAAGCCUCAUGUGUCGACACAGACAGACCUAUAUUUUCACAUAAAAGGGCAAAACAAGAACAACACAGGCUGUUCCUGUUUUGUCCCCAUAUAUUGUUUACAGAAAAUGGAAUGCAGGGACACACUCUAUUGUUGUUUUGCUCUUUUUUAUGUGAAAAUGUAUGGUGCUAUAGGAUGGGCAAAGAAUCGGCAAAAAAGGUGAAUUUAUACAUUCAGGCCUUUACAACCGGCACAGGUGAACUUCAAUUGUCUCAAAUAGUGUGCCAAUUACAGUUAAAUGAGAUAAUAGAAUACUUGAUUCAUUGCUGCCUUUGCACUCCAUAAGUAACAUUUGUGAGAGUGUUUAGUCUUUAUCCCUUAGAAUGAGACGGCCUCUUGAGUCUUGUUUCUGUGUCAUGUAGAACAAGCUGCAAAAAGAGGAUGCGAGGGUUGCGCAUCCAUCUCUGAACAGAACCCCCCCCCCCCCCACACACACACACACAAACAAGCACCUGAUCAACCCGUGCUAAGUUUAAUUCCACACCAAGUGAAGAAGCAGACUUAUGUGUUUAGAUGUAGGCUUGCCAACCAAUAUGAAGCACAAAUGGCUAUGACAAUUGAUCAACGCAACAAAAAAAUUACAGAAUCUCUCAUAUGAAUCUCCAUCACAAGGCAGUUAAAUUGACCUUGCUUGAAACGUUGGUUAAGUCAAUGUUCACUUUCUCUCCGACUUUGUCAGCAAACACGUUUUAUGGAAGAUAAUCAAGUUUUAUUGAAAACAAGCAGUCUUGUGUCGCUUUUUUUGUCGCCUCUCCUCUUAUCCAUAAACCCUUAUUUGGACAAAGGCGAAAUCCUCUUCUAUUUAUUUAAAACAAGUGCUCCGUGAAUGUUGCAAAAUAAACACGAAGAAAAAUAACCAAAGAGAUAGUUCCCUCGGCGUGAAAAGGGCGGACUUAAUAAAAAGGAGUGAAGCAGUCACCGUUCAAUGAGAAACGCUUUGAAGUAGAACUUAUUAUCUGAGGAAUAGUUUUGGGUUGUCCUAACGACGGCACUGAAUGGGAAAGGCUCUCCUUUGUCAGCGAUUUGUUCUCCUUUAGUGGGAUGCCCGUGGAAAUCACUUACAUGGCCCACCUUACCACGCCGCCUGCAAAUCAGUAACCGGCCGAGUCAGACAUGCAGACGCCACUUUGGCAAGGACAAAGCAGAAGUCGCGGGGAAAACGGGGCUUGUUUUCGCCCUCUCUCUCAUUUCGCCCUUUAGAAGGGCUGAAUGAUAAUUUCGGAGACGACCGUAGGACCAAAACAAAUGUUGUCUUGUCAGAUUUGACAAGAAUUACCAUUCUCUCUGAAAUUCAGCACACUGAGCAUAAAUACAAUUGUUUGUGGUCUAGGUCUAGGUCUAGUCUUUAAGGCUAUAGGCCUACUGAGAUUCUGUUCCCUUAUAAUAUCACCAACUAAGAUGUAGCCUAUUUGGUCAAUUGCACUUGUGCCUCAGAUAAAACAGCAACAUCUUUAAGGCUAUAGGCCUACUGAGAUUCUGUUCCCUUUAUAAUAUAACCAACUAAGAUGUAGCCUAUUUGGUCUAUUGCACGUGUGCCUCAGAUAAAACAGCAACAUCUCUGACAGAAACGUUUCCCUCUCAAAAUAUCAAACAUCCCCUUCUUCAUGUGUCUGCCAAAAUAAUUGUGGCCAAACUAUUACCUUUGGCGGUGAGACAGGUUUAGAAUGUUUUAGCAUAAAAGCACUAGGAUAAAUAGUGAGGUUUACCACCUGAAAACCCCGUCAAGUGGACUGAAUUUGGAGGGCUCUCAUCCUUUUUGAUUUUCUCCCUAACGUUUGAAGCGGUUGUUAAUUAAAGUGAUUGUAAGCGAGCAAUGCCUCCGCUUUGUCCCCGUACCUCUGCCAUUGAAAGGCGAAGCUCGCAAGGGUAGCCUAGUUUUGUCUCCUUGUCGAUUCAAUUUACAACUCCCGAUUUGUCUGGGAUACACUUGUGUAAUGAUGCAAACAUGUAAAGUUAAUGCAAAUAUAUCUUGUGAUAAAAUAUAUAAUGGGAUUAAUUUAUAACCAGUUAUGACAAUAAAACUGACAUGUCAUUAAUA